AUGAGCUUCAUCACUCCCGGGACCGUCCAGGCCAUUGCUCACAGCCUGGACAUCCCCCAGCUUUCAGACGAUGCUGCAAAGGCGCUGGCCCCGGAUGUAGAGUAUCGGUUGAGGGAGGUGAUCCAGGAGGCGCUCAAGUUUGCAAAGCACUCGAAGCGCCUCAAGGUCACCACAGAGGACAUCAACAAUGCGCUGCGGCUGAGGAACGCCGAGCCGCUGUAUGGCUUCGGCAGCCGUGACCCUGCGCGCUUCGUGCGGGCGAGCGGCCACCCGGACCUGUUUUUCCUCGCAGACCCAGAGCGACCCUUCAGCCAGGCACGCGCGACAGCCGCAUGCCAGCGCAGGACCUGGAAUUGCAGCCGCAUGGGAGGCUCGUGA